AGUGGUUCCGCCACCCACGACGGACUACUCGUGACUUGGGGUGACGAGGAGAGACGUGCGGACUUGGGACGAGAAGGAACUAGGAAAUGGGGAAUAUUGCGUGGGCGUGAGGUGUACGGAAAGGGGAGAAGAAAGAGAGAAGAUUGGUGGAAAGUAAGGAGAAUGGUGGUUGAGUGGAAGAAAGGAAUGGAAGUGGCGAGAAACAGAUUGACGUGGGGCAAAAGUUGGGUUUCGGACGGGGCGUGUUCAACAAGCAUUCGGACUUCGGGCCAGUGGCGUGUUCAGCAAGAAAGUCGCGAUUGCGUGUGCGACUCGGCAUGACACGAAGCGCGCGAGUUACUCGCAGCGCACACGGCAGUUACGAACCGCGUUUGUUCUUUCUUGUUUGCCUAUAAAUCAGUAUACUCUUGUGUGCUUUGUAUCUCAUUGGAACUAGUGGAAUGCUUGUAUGUAUUGACAACUUGCAACCACUUUGAGAUCAGAUUAUGAGGCAAGGCCCUUGAGGCUAUUUGCACAAGUAUUUCUAAAUACUUUUCGCUGCGCCGGAGGCGAUAGUCGCCUAGACCGAUCCCUCCUUUUCAUCCUCCCGUCCUAUCUCUCCCCCCCGACCGCUCCUUCCUUUGAACCCACCCACGGCAUCGCAGAGACGUGGGGAAAGGCGAGCGGGAUGACGUGGGGAAAGGCGAGCAGGUUGACGAGGGGAAAGGCGAGCGGGUUGACAAGGGGAAAAGGGGAGCGUGUUGACGAGGGGAAAGGCGAGCGGGUAGAUGAAGGGAAAGGCGAGCGGGUUGACGAGGGGAAAGGCGAGCGGGAAACAACAUGGGGAAAGGCGAGCGGGUUGACGAGGGAAAAGGCGAGUGGGAAACAACGUGGGGAAAGGCGAGCGGGAUGAUGAGGGGAAAGGCGAGCGGGAUGACGAGGGGGAAGGCGAGUGGGUUGACGAGGGGAAAGACGAGGCGGAGCUUGGUGUGGAUUAGGCACGACGUAAUAGCUAAACCCAAGGCGCUGGUGGUAUGUGCGGGGAAAUGACGAGGCGGGAUCAGGGGGGAAACGCUGUGGCGAUAAAAUUGGAGAGGAGCUGGCGUGGCGGGAUGGGAGCGCGGCUGGUUGCCCGUGAUUUCUAGUAUAGAAACUCCCAAUGGAUUUAGAACUCGAUCGUUGGAGGGGAAGGUGAGCGACGGUUUGGUGGGUGGUUUGUCGCAGAGGGGGUGUGUGGGUGGUUACGCCAAUCAGAGGCGAACUGUUGGGAUAUUGAAGUGUCGCCCGGAAAAACGGGUAACCCUUCAGACGGAAAUUGGAAGUCAAGAACUUAAAGCCCGACCGGCAGGUUGCAAGCCCUCUUUUCUCAAGAUGCUGCACCUUGAGGCCCUCGUAACCGAGCAGCUGGCAUCAAACUGCCAAAUGCUCGCGAAGGAUAACUACUAGGCAGAGCUGGGGGCCUCUCGGAACCUGGCAGUGCAAACCUGCCGAGUUCUUUUGAGGGAAAAGAUGGGAGGGGCUGGGUGGAGGGUAGAAACUUGAAUUUGUAUUUUGCAGUGUGAGUGGGAAUCACGAAACAAAAAUGGGAUUCGUAUUCUUUGGAUCUCACUGUACCCACUGUAUAUGCGUCAAACAAUAUUCGGUUUGGUUUUCCGAAACCGGUCAGGUAAAAGGGCUGGUUGUGAUCGAAACAGCCAACCAGUUCUCGUCCUGCAAACUUGGCAGAGGUGGCGAGGUGGCUCUAUGCCAGAUCGUGGGCUGCAAAACUGGCAGCCCUGCCAAGUUGCCGGCCCUGCAAGCUCGCGCGAAACAGACGUUGACUCUGCGAAGCCCAGUCUUCGCCAGCUAUUUCGUUUCCAUAAUAUUUCGUCGUCCAAUCAGGUUCUGCCGCCGCACUACCUAAACAGUACAAAUAUGCAACCUGCCGGGCGGGCUUUAAGACUUGACUUUCGGGCGUUUUGAGAUCCUCGCCUUAAGAUAGUAUUACAUGGCGGCAUGAGAAAUUGCAACAAUUCAAGGCAGCAACUAGGAUGGUGGACUGCUAAAUCUAGACACCAGACUCUUACAGCAUAGUACACAUCAGUCGUCGUUUAAAAUGGUGGCCGAAAUUGGGUGACCUUUUAGUGGAAGCAAGCUAUCUCAGCAA